GGGAGUGGGGAUGUGAUACACAGGAUGCCACUAGUGGAAACCAGCGCAUGGAAGGAAUGCAUGGCAAUAAAAUCUGCAUUCAAUAUUUGACUUUUGUUUUUUUCAGUCGCUGUAAUUCUAUCUUAAUUCUUUUGUAUUUUCUCCAGAACCUUAACUCCUUUUGUUUUUUUUGUUUGUUUGUUUUUUUUUUUCAAUGACUUGGACGCAUAUUUCUCUCCUAACCUUACAUAGACACUCCUGUAUUUAGAUUGUAAUUUUUAUUGUUUUGAUUUUUGAUCUCGCUUAUUUUUUCAUCCUGCAAGGAGCGAGAACGUCUUCUUCUUCUUCUUCUUUUUUUUUUUUUUUUUUUUUUUUUUUUUCCCUGUCGUUGCAUUAAUAGACAAACUGCCAGCAUCGCUCUCUUUAAGAAACUUCCUUUAAAGUUCUCUUUAUGGCGUUUGAAAAUGACAAACCUCACUUUGAGGAACGAAAGCGACAAUGGGAUUUAUUUUACUGAUGCUUUCAAUGGAUCUGCAGCGGAUCAAAUAUCUCCAAAUGACAACACCACCACCACCACAACAACAACAACAACAACAUGCACCAACCUCACUUUGGACCCUCAGGUCAUCGGGGUUGGGGUAUUUCUGUCCGUUUUUAUUUUGGUGGCAAUUGUUGGGAACAUUCUGGUCAUCCUGUCUGUGGUGUGUAAUAGACAUUUACAGACUGUCACAAACUUCUUCAUUGUCAACUUAGCCAUGGCUGAUCUGCUGCUCAGUAUUAUUGUGCUGCCUUUCUCUGCAUCCUUGGAGGUUCUGGGAUGCUGGGUGUUCGGGAGGGUGUUCUGUAACAUCUGGGCAGCUGUGGAUGUCCUCUGCUGCACCGCAUCCAUCCUCAGCCUCUGCAUCAUCUCCAUCGACCGUUACAUAGGGGUGAAGUACUGUCUGAAAUACCCCAGCAUCAUGACAGAGAGGAAGGCAGUCGCUAUUUUAGUCUUAGUGUGGGUCUCAUCCACUGUGAUCUCCGUGGGACCGCUCCUGGGAUGGAAGGAACCUCCGCCAAUGGAUGAGAGGAUCUGCAGGAUCACAGAAGAGCCCGGUUACGCGCUCUUCUCCUCCCUCUUCUCCUUCUACCUCCCGCUCAUGGUUAUUCUGUUUAUGUAUUUUAGGGUCUAUGUGGUUGCCCGCAGGACUACUAAAAGUCUGGAAGCGGGUGUCAAAAGAGAAAGAAAUAAGUCCAUGGAAGUGGUGCUCCGGAUACACUGUCGCAGCGUGUUGGAAGACGCGCGUCCGAGCAGCUCCAAAAGCAGCAAAAACCACCCGUUCAGAAGUUCGCUCUCAGUCCGACUGAUGAAGUUUUCCAGGGAGAAAAAAGCUGAAACCUUGGCUAUUGUGGUGGGGAUGUUCAUCCUCUGCUGGCUGCCCUUUUUCUUCUUCCUGCCGAUAGGUUCCUUCUUUCCUGCAUUGAAACCGUCUGAGACUGUGUUCAAGGUGGUCUUUUGGCUGGGCUACUUCAACAGCUGUAUCAACCCCAUGAUUUACCCCUGCUCCAGCAAAGAGUUCCAGAGGGCUUUCACUCGGCUCCUCAGGUGUCAGUGCCAUCAGAGGCGGAGGGUUCUGCGGCGCUUCUACGGCCAGAGGUGGAGGACAGCUGUCAAAGGAAUGACAAGGGAACAGAGGGGAGACUAUAAACCUGGGUAUGCUGUGCACGAAGCCUUCGGCAGCUCUUUGUUGCACAGAGGAAAAGGGCACUCGCUUAGUUUGAAGAGGUGGAGUCUGCUGCCGCCUCUACAAAAGUCCUCCUUCCAGCUCAAGGAAAAAGUGAACAAUCUGUCAAAUAAAAUCAAAGGAGGUACAGGAAAAGGUCCCGCAACUGGAGUGGGCCGGAUUGAUAUCGUAGAUACAGUUUCUAUGGGCAUUUUCAACAGCUGUGAGCAGAGCACUUAUCAGUUCUACGACCUGGCUGAAUGUUACGGCCUGAAAGAGACUGACAUUUAGAGAGAAUAUUUUAUUUAUUUUCAACGGCCGUAUAGGACGAUCAGCUAAGAAAGACGCCAGUAACACUCACAAAAUACUCUGUGGACUGAGAAUAACAGCUUUAAUCCCCCAGCACAAACAUGACAAACUUUGUCUCAAUUUCCCGUGGCCAUCAUGUUUACGCAGAUGAACCUUCUGGUUAAAGCCAUGUUUUGGAAGCGUCAACAAAAGCAGACACUCCCUCAACUGUGUACGACAAGAGCGCAGUCCAGAGAUGAUGCUCUUUUGGCAUCGCAUCCGUCGGAGUUUGUGAUUGUCUUUCUUAAAAUUUUGUAUCGGGUUUCAUGUCGAUAAAAAUUAAUCUGAUCCUUAAAUAACAGUUUUGUUGGGUAUUUGGUUGUUUUUUCUAAAACAACACACAACAAAUGACUGAAAUAAAUAUAGUGAAGUUGUAAUAGAGGGAUUUUUGAGUCAAAAGCGUGAUUUCGAUAACAUUAUUUUAAUCAGGUAUAAUGACUUUUGCUGACUUGUGUUUUGACAAAGCAUUGUAGACAUAAUGUACUAAAAGACAAAAAAAAAAAUCAGAUGCUGCACAGUAUUUAUUCUCAUUGUUGGAUUUAUAUGUUGUAUUAUUGUUCACUUGCUAGAAAAAAUAUCAACGAAUCUACUUGGCAUACAUAAAUGUAAAGUCUGUGCUAAUGUGAAAUUAUUUUGCGGGGGAUUUUCUCAUGUUAUAUUGGUUGGUGUAAUAUAGAAAUCGAAAUAAAAAGAGUUGAAUUUU